UCAAGGCCUUGGGCAGAGCCCUGGCACCUGCAGUCAGCCUUUGUCAGCAGGAGUGUCCUGUGAUGCAGGGAGGUGAUGGAAGUGCUGAGGGGAAUGGAAGGAAAUGAGGAGCCAGCGGGGCUGAUUGGAGGGCUGAGGUGGCAGCUGGCAGCGUGCCAGGGGGUAAUUGCAGGGGCUGAGAGAGCGGGUUGGGGCUGUCCAGGAGAGCCAGUCAGCAAAAGAGCCCCGUGGCAGGCAGGGAGGAGGCAGGGGCUGGGCCCCCAGCGCCACGUGCCCCCAGCAUGGGCAGCUCCCGCCCCGCCUGCCCGGCCCCCCAUAAAAGCGCUGCCCUGGGCCAGGGCUGCAUCCACUGCUGCGGCCUCGCUCUGCUCAGCACAAGGGCAGCCUCACCUCCGUCACACCAAGAUGUCCUGCUACGAGCUGUGCCCCCCCAAAGCCAGCGUGGCUGUGCCCAAGCCCAGCGUGGCUGUGCCCCAGCCCAUCGCCGAGAGCUGCAACGAGCUGUGCGCCCGCCAGUGCCCCGACUCCACGGCCUUCAUCCAGCCGCCCCCCGUGGUGGUCACCUUCCCCGGCCCCAUCCUCAGCUCCUUCCCCCAGCAAGCCGUGGUGGGCUCCGCCGGAGCCCCCGCCUUUGGGGGCUCCCUGGGGCUGGGGGGCCUCUACGGCCAAGGGGCCACCCAGGCCUCGGGGGGCCUCUGCACCUUCCCCACAGCCUGCGCUGCUCCCGCCUGCAGCCCUUGGCUCCUGCCCCGCUACUCCAGGAAAAUCUGGGACACCUGCAGGCCCUACUAAAACCAGCAGAAAGAAUCUGAAAUAGUCUAUUAUGCCUCAGACUCACUCCUCACUUUUGUCCUCUCCUUCCCCUCUCCCCAUGACUCCUCUCCCCCUCCUGUCCGUGCCCACAUUCCCGACUCCCCCGUGGUCCCACAGGGCACUUGCUUCUCUCUGGAAGAGCCCCUGCCUGGGACCAGCCUGAAGGAUCAGCUCUCUGGCAGCCUGGGCAGAUAACCUGCCUGCCUCUGCCUGAGGUGUCUUUGUCCAGUGUGUUCUUUGCUGCUCUUAAAAUAAAAGAAUCUUGCAUCCAA